GGGUGGCGCAUGCGCGUUGGGCCGACGCCAUCACAGAACUACUGUGCAUAAUACUUGUUGAAAUAAUCAUUAGAAGUAUUUUUUAGUUUUACAUAAAAUUAAACAGAAAGUGUUAGUAUGUUUGUGUGCAUUUCUAUUUUGUGUUCAAAUUGAACGUGCUGAGUGUAAUGAACUUUACCGUGUCAUGGUAUUUAUGACAGUAGAUUAAAAAUCGGAAGUUUUCAAGCAACGCAUAUUUACGGCGAUCACUGCCGCCUUUCUGUAAUUUCGUUUGUGGGCAUUCGAAAUUGUGCUCGUUGGCGCGCUCCAUACGAAUGUUAAUGUACUAUGAACUCUACAUUAAAGCCCGUGCUAUCCCAGUCGGGAGUACCUCAAGCUGGUAAUCAGACGAGUCCCGCCAAAGCGAACGUGGCCACCGCGAACCAUGCAGUAGCGCUCCCGCAGGGCGCCCUCAACUCCAUCAACCACAGUGCUAAUAACUUAGUGGGACAGAACCUCUCGCACCAGGCCAAUACGCCGCCGGUGCCACCCCACGCGGCGCCGUCGAUGGCCCCCGUCACCGCCAACAUGGCCCAGAUGGCUGCCAACAUGAGUCACCAUGGGAACCUGUCCCUGGCCACGCAGAACGCGGUAGUGGUCACCAAUAACGCAGCGAGUCCCACCAAGAGCGCCACCACCAGUGCACCACUCAGUUUGGUGCAGGAUAAACCGAAUACCCCUCCCCAGCCUCUGGCCCUGACGAGGUCACCCGAGAAGAAGGAACCCGACUCCACGGGUCAAUCCAAUGGCGUGGAAUCUCCGACCCCGGUUACGAGCGAACCGGCGCCACUUAAACCGGUGAAUCCUGAGAUUCAGUCCGACAAGCAGGAUAUUGCUAAAACAUCACCGAGCACGCCAAAGCCACCAGAAAACUCUGCAGCUCCGAAGCCUGAGAAUUCCACCACAAUGACUCAGCCCGAGAGUCCAGUACAGCCCAAAGUUGCAACAGCAAAUGAUUCUGUUAAACCUGCCAAACCAUCGGAGCUUAAGGCUACUCCUGCUGCAGAUGUAGCACCGAUAGCGGAUGAUAAACCAUUGGUUGAGUCUGCAAAUGAGAACCAGAAUGCGGACAAACCUGCACAACCAGAAAGUUCGUCGACUCCCAGCUCAACGGAAGCAAAGAAGGAAGAAAACAUUGAAAAACCUCCUGAGCCGGUUGAGGAAAAAAAGGAGGAGGCGGAACCUAAAACUGAGAAUCCUGCUCAAGACACUCCUAAAGAAGCACCUGAGAGUAAAAGCGAAAAGCCUGAAACAAAAAUUGCCACAAAGGCGGAAGUCAAGAGCACAGCUAAAUCAAACUUAAAGUUGGCAACGGUGACCCCGCCCUUGAGGAAAAGGAAACAUUUGUCCGACAAAACUGAUGGAGUUACACCAGCCAAGAAAACCCCUGAAGUGGAAACUCCGAGUCGAACUAAGAGGAAUCGUACCCAGGUACAACCGUACCAGGCAUCAGCUCUGGACACAUCAAUCUCUUCGCCUGGUCCCUCCAGUGCUACCAAGGCUAAGGAACAGUCCGCCAAGAAGUCCAAAGACAAGUUACGAUUGUUUGUCAGCCGCGAAUACGUGGCUGUACGCAACGAGGAGAACGGCUACUAUAUCUGUCAGCUGCUGCAGCACGUGUACCGGGACUCCGGCAUCAUCCGCGUGCGUUGGCUGUCCCAAGUCUCCUCCAACUCCACCGGCGACGUCUAUAAGCCCGACUACUGCGAUGAGAUAGACACGGGCUGCCUUAUGACGACUUUAGAGAUGCGUCGCGCGACGGGCGGCGGGCUGGUGCUGCGGGCGAGCGAGCGGGCGCGCGUGCGCUCCAUCCUGCAGCGCGCGCUCGACGCCGCCGCCGCCGGCACCACGCAGCUCGACGUCAGCGAGGAGCACCCCGACGGACUGGACGUGACUCUGGUGACGGACUCAUCCCAGCUGGAGCGCAAGUCCCGCAAGCGCACCAGCACCAAGCCCUCGCCCAACAAGGACGCCGCUGCUAAGGAUUCUGAGGAAGAGUCGACGCCCGCCAAAAAAUCACGAUCACGCAGCUCGAAGGGCAAAACGAAAUCCCCCAAAAAGGGCAGAAAAUCGGCAGGUAGUACGCCCGUAGUGGCGAGCACAAGCAAGGUAGGCAUUGUACAACGGAUAUAUAGAAAUACCGCAACAACGGUGACCGAUACACCCAAGAAUAAGAAUAAGAAAAAGGGUGCGGAUAAAAAGGAAACUCCCACACCCACACCCACACCCACGGUGACUAAGGGGCGGCGGUCUACCAGAGAGACGAAAUCGACGCCCGUCUCGCCGGAGCCGUCCACGUCGACCGGCAAAGGCACCCGCUCCGCCAAAAAGAAAUAAUAUACGCCGCGAUAGUGCACUUCAACGGACAUUAACCAUUCACAAAAUAUGCCAUUGAAUUGAGAGAUAAGUAUUUUUAUACAUGUUUUCUGAACGAAAUUUUAAAAUUAAAAUGUUGCUUGUAUCAGGUUCACAAAAUAGUUUACAUAUCAUGGUCCCGGCCACGAAAAAAAAACUUUGUCUUUUGAAAUUGGAAUGUUUUUUUCUACUUCUUUAUUCAAUGGCAUCGAUUAUAUUAUUUAAAUGCAUGUUUUGGUUGACGGCGUAAUUAUUAUUUUUGUCGAUCGACCGAGUUCUUGUGACGGCCGAGUACGUAGCGAUAGCACAAUACUGUCGAAAGAGCGUCGAUAGAUUAUAGGACAUUCGAGAUUUUACAAUAAUUAACCGAGACGAUACGCGACGGUAGACGUUGCAUACAGAUACAAAAUUGAAAUUUUUAAUUUUGUAUUGCUCUAUAAGCAACGUCAAACCGUGCUUUGUUAAAAUUCGGUUCGAUGUGAAUUGAACAAUGUAAGAAUGAAAUAAUUGAGUAGCCUUAAUGUAGUUCUAAGGCGCUGAGCAAAAUCUUUUAUGUUUUAUGAUUUUAAAGUUGAAUGAUGUUGUUUUAUAAUAAAAAAUCGAG